UGGAAAGGGAAAGACACGAAUUGGACACGAAUAGCAAAAUGGCGGCUGCAUAACACGGUGAUGUAUACGUGGAAUUUAGCAAGAAUUAGCAUAUUAGAAAAAAUUUACGUGGUCGCGCAACAUUAUUAAAAAUGAGCGACGUAAAAACCCAACACGGCACCCAAGAGAUGAAGGGUUGGCUCUUCAAAUGGACUAAUUACCUCAAAGGUUAUCAACGAAGAUGGUUCGUCCUGUCAAAUGGCAUCUUGUCAUACUACAGGGCUGAACCAACAGGGGGGCCAAAGAUAUCGACACGACGCAAGCGGAGAGCUGGCAGAGCCUCCGAAAACCAGGCUGAAAUGUCUCAUACUUGUCGAGGUACGAUAUCCAUGCACGGGGCCUUAAUUCACGCGGUGGACGCAUGUACCUUCGUUGUAAGCAACGGCGCUACUCAAACCUUCCACAUCAAGGCUGCUACUGAAAUUGAACGUCAGCAGUGGGUCACUGCACUUGAAUUGGCUAAAGCCAGAGCUAUUAAAGUAAUGGAAUCUGAGGAAGACGAGGAUUAUCAGGACAAUGACAAUCAAAGAGGAGAACAUACAUCUAUCGUUAAAGAUCUGAGUCUUUGCCUGGAAGAUCUGCAAAUGUGUCACGAUCAUGUCGUCAAAGGGGGAAUCGCCUUACAAACUGCUAUAGCAGAUUUAGAGUCCUUAGAGACUGCUAAUCUUGAAUUAUCAGCGAAAAUAAAAACUGUCGGUGACCGAGCAACGCGAUUCCGUAUUGUAGCAAAGACCAUGAUCAGUAGGAGUAGUCAUUUCUUACGCUUGGCUCAACAACAAGAACCCAAGUGGCAGAAAAUACUGCAACACGAACGAGAUCAGAAGGUGCGAUUAGAAAAAAUGGUCGAGCAACUAGCCAGACAACAUUCAAAUUUAGAGGCAGCUGCUCAACACGCUCUACCUUCGGCGGUACCAGCUGGAGGACACAGACCGUCUCAUACAGGAGGAAAUACGUCACCUUCAGAAGAUGACGAGGAUAAUGUCGAAUUUUAUGAUGCCCAAGAAUCAGAUGCGUUUACUUUGAGUAUCUCUGGCGUCACUACGGGUAAUUCUAUAUCACACGGGCGAGAUCGGACCGAUUCUCAAGGAAGCGAUGAUGGCUCAAGUUCUGAAGGAGAUCCGACGCCAUCAUCUGACAACGAUCGCGCUAGAACAGAUAAUUUUCUCAUCGUGACUGAUUCUACUGCAUCUCCAACACCUGUCCCUGUUGCUUCUACUCCCGAUCUGGACAAUACGGCUUGGCAAGCAAAUAAUGGUGGGGAAACACCAACUGGUUCCGGGGUGACAACAGUGUCAAAAAGGAAGCGUAGAACUCGAGUACCAGACAAACCAAAUUAUCCUUUGAAUCUAUGGAGUAUCAUGAAAAAUUGUAUUGGAAAAGAACUAUCAAAAAUACCAAUGCCUGUUAACUUUUCGGAACCGCUUAGUAUGCUUCAGCGAUUGACUGAAGAUUAUGAAUAUGCUGAUAUACUUGAUAGAGCAUCAGGAUGUACCGACAGUUACGAACAAAUGGCGUAUGUCGCAGCAUUCACCGUCUCUAGUUACUCUACAACUGCUUCGCGAACGGGAAAACCGUUUAAUCCUUUACUUGGAGAGACCUAUGAAUGUGACCGAACUGAAGAUUUAGGCUGGCGUUCAAUCUCUGAACAGGUUUCACAUCAUCCACCAAUGUUGGCACAGUAUUGCGAAGGUAAAACCUGGCGAUGUUGGCAGGAAUUUACAAUGGCAUCCAAAUUUCGAGGAAAAUAUCUACAGGUUAUACCUUUGGGUACUGCACAUCUGGAGUUCACUACCGGAAACAAUCAUUAUACGUGGCGGAAGGUCACAACGACAGUACAUAACAUUAUUGUUGGAAAGCUAUGGGUAGAUCAGAGUGGCGACAUGGAUAUUAUCAAUCACAAACAAGGCAUUAAGUGCCAUCUCAAAUAUAUUCCAUAUUCGUAUUUUUCGAGGGACAGUCAACGCAAGGUUCGUGGAGUUGUGAUGAAUUCGAACAAUGAAGUUAAAUGGGUCGUGCAGGGUACCUGGGAUUCUAAGAUGGAAAUAGCCCCAGUUAUUAGUACUUCUGGCACACCUGAUAACCCUGUUUAUAAGACGGGACCUUACAUCCUGGCUUGGAAACGUCGUAUGCCACCUGAGGACUGUGAGAAGUAUUACUCAUUUACCGAAUUGGCCUGUCAGUUGAAUGAACCCGAAGAAGGAGUAGCACCAACCGACUCCAGAUUAAGGCCCGAUCAACGGUUAAUGGAGAAUGGACUUUGGGAUGAGGCUAAUUCACAAAAAUUGCGAUUAGAAGAAAAGCAACGUGCGGCCAGACGAAUGCGUGAAUUCGAGGCGGAGGUGGCGACAGAACGUGGAUUGCCAUAUGAGCCAUACGAACCGGUAUGGUUUAAAAAACAACAGGAUCCAUACACGGAAUCUCUUUGCCAUAUGUACACUGGAGAAUACUGGGAUUGCAAGAGUAAAGGCGAUUGGUCGCGAUGUCCGAACAUAUUUUAGUCCGCUGUUUAAAUUUCUUUGUUAAUCGAUAUCCGACCAUUAAUUUGGUUCCAAGAAGUACACGUCGAUAGAUAGUUGGCAUAAUAGGCGGUGCUGUGAAACCGAACGAGCUAGGAAAUGAUCUAAUUCUUCCAAUGUUCGCGAAAAUCUGAAAUUGCUGACAUGUUGGUGCUUAAGCACGUAACAAAUAUGUUUGACAUUGUACAUUUCUGCCGUCUGCAAAGUCUGGUUAUACUUUUCUUGCAUUAAUUAUGUGCCGGGCGUUGUAAAUUACGUUACGGUAAAUUACCACGUUUGGUUGUUACAUCGAAAAUUAUAUAAUCGCUCAAAAAUGAUUGUUUUAUACAGGGUUUAGUUUUAUCCAAGCUGUUCAGUGCGUACCCACGUGGAUAUUCCAACGAUUUAGUUCCACUACAAAUUAUUGUAAAUAUAUUAUAAGGCUUGUAGCCAUUAAAUAGGACCACGUUUUAUUUAUAAUUUGAACACUAGUAUCUGCUAUAAGUAACAAACCACACUUGUAAUUCGCUUGAAAGAUGAUACCGUAAAUGAUAUCCAUUAUUUUCGUGCUUCUUACCCUAGGAGGUCUAACAUAUUCGCGGUGAAGUUCUGCGUAGUGAGGCGGUUAAAUUUAGUCGAAUAGCUUUCUAACCGUCCUGGUUUUUAAUCUCUUAGUGCCUGACAUGUCUGAUAUGUUGCCUAGAUUUAUUACUUUUUUCCUAAAAACUGAAGUUACUUUGGACGGCAACUCCAACUAGUAGGUCCCAGUAUGCUCUUAAAAGAUAUAACGAAAUGGAUUGUGCGAUAUAAAAUUAUCAAAGGUAUGCGAUCAAAUGAUGAUCACAGAAUAUACUGUCUGAAAAAAAUCCUGAUCCAAGGAAAUUAAACGUGCUUCAUAAAAGUCUAUUUCGUGAUAUUAAAGGAAUGAUCGUGUAAUUCAGAAUAGAGGCUCAGCUGGAUUUCCAAGAGAAAAAUAUUUUAUUGGCACACAGAAAGAUAUUUCUUUUGUCAGAAACAGAAAAAAAAAAUAGGAAUAUCAGUUUUUCUUUAGAAUCAAUAAAUUACAACUAUAAUAUUUACUUCGUAUAUAAAUCAUUGAAUUCAGUUGCUGUCGAAAAUUCAUUACUGCUGCCAUAUAAAAGAAUUGUUACGUUGUCCAUUGAUAUUUAUCAUUAUUUAAUCCUUUCUCGCCGAGUUCUGGUAUCGAUGAAAAUCUUUAUUCGUGAGUUUCUUUUAUCUAAGGUAUAUUAUUCCAAUGUAUCUUAAACGUUUAGCAUCAUUGAAAGAGUUACUAAUAUGAUUUUUACAUAAAUUAAAUAAUAUUCUCCGUUUCACAUUCUCCACAAAAAUUUAUUGGCUAGGGAUAAUGAUUUUCAAUUAGGCAACAUUAUUAAUUUAAAUAACGAUUAAUAUGUGGAAAUAGGUAUUUUAAUGUAACGGUACAAAAGCGAAUCAUAUUGCUCCAUGUACUACAAAGAGCAAUGAGCAACCUCGAUAUCACUUUAUACAAGGACAUGCAAUCAGAGCAUCGAUCAAAAUCUAAUUACCUAAUUCUUGCCAUUUACUAACAGAUUAGGACCUAGGCACCUAGGCGAGGAAGGGUUAAUUUCUAAUAUACAAGAUGAACGGAGUGCAACAUUUAAUUCAGGUUUCGGAAUCGACUGUUAAUUAAUAUUGUUGAACCGUUUUUCUUAGAACCGGACAAUACCGAGUUAUUUCCAAUACCGCAUUUCUAUAUGCGCCUAUCAGUUAUGCGACAUAAAAGAUAUUCGUACAUAAACAAAUGUACGUGUAAUGUGCGAAUAUUUAUUUUGUAUGAUAAACAUAAAAAGCUGGAAAAUUCUGUUCAUGGGUAAUCAGGAUUUCACUGUUGGGGGCAUUACAUUUUAGGGAGAUACGAUGUGCAGUACUUGUACACACAUUCAUGGCUUUCCAUAGACCUAGAGUGAUCGAUUCUAACUGCACCGUGGAACUAAAGCAGAGGGGUAUUUCGCAAAGAUAACUGACACAGGCGGCAUAUGAGCUUCCAAGUGAUUCACGGUAGGGAAGCUUUUCAAGCUUUGUGUACAAUAACGUACUAUGAAUUUUUCCUCUCCACGGUUUAUAUUUGUUAAUAUAUACAUUAACAAUAUUAUCAAGUCGAAACACUUGUAUAUCCCUAUUAAAUAUCCCGCACAUAGAUGGUUCUUCUCAUUAGAUAUAAAAGUAACUAUAUUUUUUUUUGACGCAUUAUACAAGUACGGAACGUUAAUAUUUUGAGAGGAACGAUCGACCUGCGGACAAUAUUUACAAUGAUUGUUACACUAAGUCUGUAUGGAUAACCCAGGUUGUAUCAUAAUUUUAAUAGUUGAUAAUUAUCAAAAAAGAUGAUAUAUACAUAUAUCUGUAUACAUAUAAAUACAAAGUAAUUAUAAAAUAAAUAAUUUAAAAGUACUACAAUAACUCCGAUUAGUCGGAUUUCUUGGGUAUUGCUUUUACAGUACGUACGCAACGAGUAAUUAUUUUCAAAAUUGGACAUUACAAAAACCCAAGCGACCUUUGUCAAAUGUUUUGUACAUAUUCAGUGUGCAAAAUUAAUCGGUAUAUACUUGUUUUCCAUGUAUUAAUGUUUAAAAUGACCAAGAUUUAUAGUCCACAAAAAGUCGUAAAACUACUGCACGUGUUCUUUUCUAAAUCGUUAUAUAUUUGAAUUCAUUAGAAGUGUGAUCAAAGUAUUUAAAAAAUUGUGAAAUAAAUUUCAAACCUAUUGAAAGGAAAGAUUUUUUUAUUGGAGAAUAACUAAUUUAUAAUAAACAAGUCAUUUGUUUAAUACAUCUUGAUUGCAUCGCAGAAGAAUUUUUAAAUUUCAAUGAAAUAAUCUGGUAGAAUUUUGUUUUCUACAAGAUUUUUUUUUGUAUUCCACAUAUGUAAUCAGUUUUUUUUAGGAAGGGGUAUUAUGCAGUAUAGGGUAUGGUUGUUCCAUGUUCCAUGCAUUAUGCGAAGAUAGAAGUGUAUAAAUAACAAUAAAAGAAUAUUGAAACAACGAA